UUUGUUCCGUCUGAGGCGACGGGGAAGCAGCGCCGACGGGGCCAUGUCAUACAUCCCCGGCCAGCCGGUCACGGCCGUCGUGCAAAGAGUUGAAAUCCACAAACUCCGCCAAGGGGAGAAUCUCAUCCUGGGCUUCAGCAUCGGAGGAGGCAUUGACCAGGACCCGGCCCAGAAUCCCUUCUCAGAGGACAAGACGGACAAGGGCAUUUAUGUCACCAGAGUGACGGAAGGUGGCCCGGCAGAAGUGGCAGGACUCCAGAUUGGGGACAAGAUCAUGCAGGUGAACGGUUGGGAUAUGACCAUGGUGACUCACGACCAGGCCCGGAAGAGGCUGACGAAGCGGAACGAGGAAGUGGUCCGACUCCUGGUGACCCGACACUCUCUCCAGAAGGCCGUGCAGCAAUCCAUGAUGUCCCAACCGUGCCACUGAGUCGGGGCACGGGAGACAUCUAGAACGGGGAGGGCAGGAUGCUGAACAUGGAUCACGGGCCGGUCGCAGCGGGAGGGGGCUACUGCUCCCCACAGCAGGAAAAUUCCUUCCGCUGAUGGAGGUGCCAAAGCACAUCUUUGUAGAGCCAUGCCCCACGUCUGUACAAAGAUGGCAUCCUCCAGGCCGUUGGGCGUGUGCUUACCGCCAUCUUUGGAGAGGGCUCCCACCCUGUUCUAAAACUACAGGCCUCCAAUUGAGGCGCUCCCUUAACUGUGUUUGCUUAAGGACUAGCCCCACGGAGAUAAUCCAUAAUCCACCGUGACCUUCUCUUGUACAAGAUCGUGCUGUGGUGGACGGAAUUCAGGUUUUGUGCCGGAGGUGUUCCUGGUGAAUUCGGCUCCCUAGGUCUGGCUUCGCCCCAGUCUUCCAGGGCAAGGCAGUUUUAAAGCAUCGAGUCCGCUUGUUUUAGAGCUUCCUCUAAGAUAUCAUCUAGCUGAGGAAACUAGCAUAAAACACCAAAAGCUCUUAAACCUGUUUUUGUGCACGCAUGUGUGCGCAGAGAGACCACAUUUCAAGUUUUCUAGACGAGGCAUUUUUGUAAAUAACCUUUAUACAUUUCAUCCUGUGUGUCUCCCCAUUCUAGUUCUAAAUCUUGCGUUUAGUAUGCCAAAUGCAGUUCAUCAGCGAGGCCCAAUACUUCUAUUAAAACCUUCCACGUGGAUUAAGCCGAAACAUUGCAGUGCCAAAAACACCCUGUGUGAGUUUUUCUCUAAGCCUGCGCCAUGGAACGGUGGCAAAACUGUGUCCCUGUACUGAAAGUGUUGUACUUGAACCUAUACCAAAUAAUUGCAGCUGGAAAGGAGCUGCGUUCCGUUGAAACGCAAGAAAGAAGCGAUGAAUAGAUAGGCUUCCCUGCCAAUACAAAAAUGCCGGUUGUGCGUCCCUCUGCAUUGUGGUUGCACUACACUGUGUUGCUCACAAUCCAGCAAACCCUGAAAUUGGUCUUCCGUGGCACAGGCCUUAAAUCAUGAUUUGGGAAAGGGCGUUCCUGCCUUAGCACAAUUCGCCUGAGGGGGAAGUAGAGCCAUGCUCAUGGAAUUCAUUCAAAAGGCAAGGUGGAAGAGAACUCUUUUUGCCCACGUCCUCAUCCCGUCGCAGAGGGAUACCCUUGGCUGCCAAUUUAAUUCUUGUGUCUUUCCAAAGCUGUCUUCUAAUCAUGCGUUUUGUAUUGAUUUUUUUUCAAUCGUCAAGCAUAAUUUUUAUUUUUUUUAAAAAAUCCACUGUAAAUACCCCUCAACCUCCUGCUCUCUGGAAGUUUGUAUCACUAACUUAUUUCAGUAUAUUACUGCUAUUCCACUCACAGGCUGAUUUUACUUCAGUGACGUCACUUCUCGACCUCACCAGGAGUAAAGGAGACGCCAGGCUCUUAAAACCACUAGAUGCCUCUCAAUCACUGGGUUUUGUAUUUCUAUUCCAAGAUUGCUUUGGGACUGUAUCUUUUGAUAAAAACGUAAAUCACAAA